UUUCCCAGAACACAGUAGGAAUCAAACACCAGGAGACAGUUUCUUGCUGUUCCAGUCCCCUUUCCAGCCAGCACUCUGUGCCCCAAAAUCUCUCUCUCUUCGCUUUCUCUCAGGGCCACAUUACCAGCACUUCUGUUCCUGGCUGCUUGGCUUUGGGCUGCUUCUGUCUGUCUGUGUUUCAGCUUGGGCCACGUGGCUCAACUUCUGCUCAAGCUUUUCCAUGUGCCUGUGUUUUGGGUGCUACUGCUGUUGUUUCAGCCACCGAUUACGUGGCUUUUUUACAUUUACCCCGAAUACAAAGUGGUGGUUACACCUGACCCAUAACAACAAGGUAGAACCCAACACGUAAUAGUAUCAAGCAGAAACUCAUAGGGGACAAAAGUCAAAUAGGGGGAUCACGAAUAGGAGGAAACCACUUUGUCUGUGUAACUGUGUGGCUGGUGUGUUUUAGGGCUGGCCUGGCCUGUCAGCUACCACCAUGGCUUACUCUGGAGCUCCAACAAUUGAGAUGCCGGCCCUGGGCCGCCCUCUGCGGCUGGGGAUGCUGUACGACUGCCGCAGCGACACGCUCAUACCAGGUAUCACUUUAUGGGGCAUUGAGGCCCUUAAGAAAGACGUGGAGACAAUGCCAAAGCACAAUACUGAAUUCCAGAUCAUUGCGUCCGACACCAUUGAAGAUAAGGCCUCAGCCCUCAGGCUGUCUUCAUCCCUGAAGGCCAGUCUCCUGGGGAGGCUGGUAGAAGUAGGUGGAUCUGCAGCAUUUUUAAAUGAUACAAAGAAAUCAAAAUAUCACGCUCGAGUUGCUCUCCACUACUCAGUGACAAACAGGUUUGAGCACCUGACCAUGAGCCAGUUGGGGACUGAGAACGUCUCUUAUCCUGCUGUGUUUGACCAAGGCACGGCCACCCAUGUGGUCACAGCUGUGCUGUACGGGGCUCAGGCUUUCUUUGUGUUUGAUCGGGAAGUUUCUUCAUCAGAGAGUAUGCGAGAGAUAGAGGGGAAAAUGAAACUGAUGAUAGAAAAGAUCCCAAAGGUUUCUGGCGGAGCAGAAGUGUCUGGGGAAAAGGGGAACAAGGAAGAAGAAAGAAAAGAAAAUUUCAGUUGCAAAUUUUAUGGUGAUUUUGCCCUGGAGAACAAUCCGGUUACUUACCAAGAUGCCAUGGGAGUUUACUCCACUCUCCCUAAGCGGCUUGGAGUCGCUGGGGAAAACGCUGUACCGGUGCGAGUCUGGCUGUACCCACUGAGCAAGCUGGACUCCAGAGCUGCCCAGCUAGUGCGUGAGAUCAGCGCGGUGCUGGUUUAUGAUGCUCAAAGUGCCCUGGAGCACCUGACUGAGUGCAACGUCCGGUGCAACGACAUGGUGAAGGACAGAACGGCUACAAACUUCCCCGAGAUCCAGAGGAAAAUCCAGCAAUUCAGAGAUCUGUGUAAACAGCACAGACAGACCUUCCAAAAAGAGCUAGCUAGAACCCUGCCCUCUAUCCGUGGAGGCGGAGCAGAGGAGGGGGCCCUGGUGGAGAUUUUAACCAACAAGGAGCAAUCGCCAUUUGGUACCCAGAGACUCAAUGAAUUUCUGGAGAAGAAACAGGAGGAAAUGGAUUUUGUCAAUUCCUACCUGGCUGAGCUAGGGGAGGUGGAAGUCGUAUCCUCCAGGAGUGAGCGACAAUGUAUAGUUCUCAGCCCCAGGCAUGAGUUUGUUGUGUCUCUUUCACUCACUUCAUUGCAUAAUGAGGAAUCCUAUUUAUCAGAAUUAAAUCUAUCGUUGAGGAGACAAUUUAUGAAGAAAACUCAUGAUCCAGCAUUAGCCAGUUCUGCCUGUGAGACACCAAAAUCCAAACAGUGGUUUGAGGACGAAGAGAUAAGAAGAAAAGCACGACAAGCUGUAAAGUCCUUCUCUGGCUUUGCCCGUGUCAACAAAUCUAACGGGACGACUCGGUUCAUUGUGACCUCAGUUCCAGACAAGGACAAUCCCGGCACUGCCAUUUACCUGUAUGCAGAUGGAGAGCUGAUCAGCACCAACUUUGAGCCUCCAUCAAAGCCUCGUCCUCCCCUGAUGGAUGGAAUCAGACAUGACCGUGUGCAGCUCACGUUUAACCCAGCAGCCUAUGGCAGGGCUGCGAUAUCCGGCUAUCGGGCAGAGUACAGAAUUGUAGGGCAGGAGAACUGGACGGCUGUGACUGUAAAUAACAAACAAGAGACAUUCACAGUAACAGGGCUACGUGCAAACACCGAGUACCAGUUCUGAUACGCUGCUGUGAGCAAACCAGGGCUCAGCGAGAGCAGCGACGUGAGUGAUCCUGUGAAGACUCUUCCUACCAGCCCGCCUGGGAAGCCUGUAACAGCUACUGUAGGCUCAUGUGCUGUAGUCCUCAGUUGGCAGGUACCAGCUGUCACUGGAGAUGGAGUCAGUAUAAGGGAGUAUAAGGUGGACUAUAAAGAGGAAGCUGGAGGUGAGCAGAAGGACAUAUGGCUGGAACGAAGGACAGGAGAGAGAACAGAGUCCUGUACCAUUGAUGGACUGAGGCCACAGAUGACUUACAGAUUCCAAGUGUCGGCUGUGUGUGCAGACGGGGCUGUGAGUGACCCAAGUGAGGAGACAUCUGUUUCAACUCUAAAGGUAGGACAAAAUGUAAAUAAAACUGCGUGGACCUUACUCAGACUUACGUUUCUCAUACAUGAUGCCUGAAAAUUAGUGUAAUUUCCAAUAGGGAGA